UGAUGAUCAGCUCCACUACACUUUCCUUCUGUUGGGACUGUACUUAACGACAACUGCCGAUUAGUACAGAUUGCCCCUGUCAAAUAACCGUCUACCAGAAUCCAGACGGAUUAACUCAGUUUACCCGAUUUGUUUUUACUUUAUCUUCAAGUCCUGCUCAAAAGUUACUAGUAAAUGUAGUCAACCGCCAGACGUUGCGAAGUAAAUAUACAGUUGCCUGUCUGACGGCGGGCUAGCGCACAAGCUGGCCGCUAGCGCGAGCUCCUUGAAGUCAGACUUUUUAAAGAGCUCGAGACGGUGUUAGCAACGGGAAACCCGACGUAAACAUGGAGUUAGAGGACGGCGUCCUUUACCAGGAGGACCCUGGAACUUCUGCGAUGAUGUCCGAGCGAGUGUCCGGGCUGGCGAGUUCAAUCUACCGCGAGUUCGAGCGGAUGAUAGGCAAAUACGACGAGGAUGUGGUGAAGGAGCUCAUGCCGCUGGUCGUGGCGGUUCUGGAGAACUUGGACUCGGUGUUUGCGGAGAACCAGGAGCACGAGGUGGAGUUGGAGCUCCUGAAGGAGGAUAACGAGCAGCUUAUCACACAGUAUGAACGGGAGAAAGCGCUGAGGAAGAGCGCAGAAGAGAGAUAUAUUGAGUAUGAGGACUCUCAAGAUCAGGAGAAGAAAGAUCUGCAGAGCCGUGUGCUGCUACUGGAGGCUCAGACCAGACAGAUGGAGCUCAAGAUUAAAAACUAUGCAGACCAAGUUGGAAGACUGGAAGAGCGUGAAGCUGAAUUAAAGAAAGAGUACAAUGCCCUCCAUCAGAGACACACAGAGAUGAUCCACAGUUAUAUGGACCACUUGGAACGGACCAAAUACCAGCAGCUGACGGGGGAGACCACAGAAACUGGAGCUCAGAGCAGAAUUAAGAAGGACCGUCCUGUCUCUCUGGGGAUUUUUUCAUUACCAGGAAGUGAUGUGAUGUCCCCUGAUCUGCGUCGAGAAACUGUGGAUACUCCAGGGACGGACACGUGUAGAUACAACAAUCUCAGCCACCCGCGCUCCAACACCAGCCUGAAGCUAGAGGAAGAUAAGUCCCUCAGGAGAGGGCAAGGUAAGAGUUCACAUGAGAAUUUGGAAACCCCGUGGACCAACACCAGUCAGGAUGAACUUUCUGAUGCCGGUAUGGGAGGUUCCAAAUCCACCACAGCCAUGUCCACAGGAACAUCAGACGUUGCCAUGGCAUCAGUGGGCACGCCCCGGACGGAGGAGGCAGAGGGUUUGAACAGAAACCUGGAUUCAAGCAGCGCUAAGCCAGAUAGCAGUAAAAACAUCAGAUCACAGGAUGCUUUGACAAAACAGAUGUCAUCUACAGGUCAAAGCGAGAGUGCAGAGAGAUCAGAGGUGCAGGCGAUCAUAGAGUCCACACCAGAACUGGACAUGGACCUUAGUGGAUGCAAAGGGUCCAGCACUCCUACUAAAGGAAUAGAGAACAUGGCCUUUGACCGCAACACUGACUCUCUGUUUGAGGAGCUCUCGUCGGCAGGAAAUGAUCUCAUAGGAGAUGUGGAUGAAGGUGCUGAUCUGCUGGGUAUGGGUCGAGAAGUUGAACACCUUAUCCAUGAAAACACUCAGCUACUGGAGACAAAAAAUGCCCUGAACGUGGUGAAAAAUGAUCUAAUAGCACGUGUUGAUGAGCUGGUGUGUGAGAAAGACGUUCUUCAGGGAGAGCUGGAGGUCCUGAAACAGGCUAAAGACAAACUGGAAGAGAGGAACAAGGAGCUGGAGGAGGAGCUCAAAAAAUUCCGGGCAGAGAUGGAGGAGGCCAAACAGAAAGCGAAAGAAGAAGAUGACAGUGACGUACCCACAGCCCAGCGAAAGCGCUUCACACGGGUGGAGAUGGCUCGUGUGCUCAUGGAGAGGAACCAGUAUAAAGAGAGACUGAUGGAGCUGCAGGAGGCUGUCAGGUGGACUGAGAUGAUACGAGCUUCACGGGAGAAUCCAGCUUUGACGGAGAAGAAAAAAUCCAGUAUCUGGCAGUUUUUCAGCAGACUCUUCAGCUCGUCCUCAGGCACGACGGCAAAAAAAACAGACGCACCGGUUAAUCUAAAGUACAACGCGCCCACAUCGCACGUCGUUCCUUCGGUGAAGAAGAGAAGCAGCACCCUCGCUCAGCUGCCCAGUGACAAAUCCAAGGCCUUUGAUUUCCUCAACGAGGAAGCUGAGGUAGAGACAGUGGUGUCACGAAGGGAACAGAAGAGAGCUCAGUACAGGCAGGUAAAGGCUCACGUGCAGAAAGAGGAUGGCAGGAUGCAGGCCUACGGAUGGUGUUUACCUGCAAAAUACAAGGUUGCCAGUGGUGCACAAGCAGAUAGUAAGAUAAAAAAUCUGCCAGUGCCCGUCUACCUCCAACCUUUAGAUGAGACAGAUGCUUCCAUGAAGCUGUGGUGCGCUGCAGGAGUCAAUCUGUCGGGCGGUAAGACGCGUGACGGGGGCUCCAUCGUAGGAGCGAGUGUGUUUUAUAAAGACGUGUCUGGAGGAGAGAGCGGCCCUCUCAGUCCCAGGCAGAAAAAGAAAGGCUCUCAGAGCAGCCUGGAUAGACUGGAGCAGGAGCUUAAGGAGCAGGAGAAGGAACUCAGGCAUCAGGAUGAGCUCUCCAGCCUGGUCUGGAUCUGCACCUCCACACACUCCACCUCUAAGGUCAUCGUCAUCGACGCCAACCAGCCCGGAAACGUUCUGGAGAACUUCUUCAUCUGCAACUCUCACGUGCUUUGCAUCGCCAGUGUGCCAGGUGCUUGUGAGACAGACUACCCUGCUGGAGAGGAGGUGGGCGCAGACAGUGGGGUCAGUCAGGAUGAAGGGGCUUCUAAUGCAAACUGUACAGUGAACAGUAGCUCUACUAGCGUUAAUGGAGGUCUGGAGGGCAUCACUGUGGUGGGCUGCUCUGCAGAAGGUCCUGUGGCCAUCCCUCAAACUGUCUGCACAAACUCCAUACAAUCAACAGAAUCGGAUGAGGUUUUCGGUCGAUGCCGGCAGGAUGCAGUAACAGCAGCAGAAGAAGCUCUGGAGGCCACUGAGAGCAACAGCAACACGCCUGCUGAAGAGAGUCAGCCUGGCAUCUACACAGAACAUGUCUUCACUGACCCGCUAGGUGUGCAACACAGCAGAGACACACCAUCCAACUACACACAGAGGGAGAGUGAUCUGGUGAAGGACGGUGUGACCGCAGUGCCUACGGAGCAGGACCUCAUGAGGGAGGAAGCCAGCAAGAUGAGCAGCGUUCUGCCCACCAUGUGGCUCGGGGCUCAGAAUGGCUGUGUGUACGUGCACUCUUCUGUGGCACAGUGGAGGAAGUGUCUUCACUCCAUUAAGCUAAAGGAUUCUGUCUUGGGGAUUGUUCAUGUGAAAGGACGUGUUCUGGUAGCCUUAGCUGAUGGCACACUUGCAAUCUUCCACAGAGGUGUCGAUGGCCAGUGGGAUUUGACUAACUACCACCUGUUAGAUUUGGGCCGGCCACAUCACUCUAUCCGCUGUAUGACUGUAGUGCAUGACAAGGUCUGGUGUGGCUACAGAAACAAGAUCUUUGUGGUUCAACCCAAAGCUAUGAAGAUAGAGAAAUCCUUUGAUGCCCACCCUCGUAAGGAGAGUCAAGUGAGACAGUUGGCGUGGGAUGGAGAUGGCAUCUGGGUAUCUAUCCGUCUGGACUCCACCCUCAGACUGUUUCACGCACACACAUACCAGCAUCUGCAGGAUGUAGACAUAGAGCCCUAUGUCAGCAAGAUGCUCGGCACGGGCAAGCUGGGCUUCUCUUUUGUGAGGAUCACUGCCCUGAUGGUGUCAUGUAACCGACUUUGGGUUGGAACAGGAAAUGGCGUCAUUAUCUCUAUCCCACUAUCAGAAACAAGCAAAGUUACGUCAGGUUCGCAAAACCAUCCAGGUGGUGCGAUUCGGGUCUACGGUGAUGAGAACAGCGAUAAAGUCACAGCAGGCACCUUUGUACCUUUCUGCUCCAUGGCACAUGCCCAGCUCUGUUUCCAUGGACACCGGGACGCAGUCAAGUUCUUCACUGCUGUCCCAGGGCAUAUGAUCCCAUCUGCAGGCUCAGGGUGUGAGACUGGCACGGAUAAAUCUUCAGAGUCACCCACACCUGAGCUGAUGAAGUCUGUCCUGGUCAUGAGCGGAGGAGAAGGUUACAUAGACUUCAGGAUGGGAGAUGAAUGUGGGGACACAGAACAUUUGGAUGAACCCACAUUGAAUCUGCAGCCCUUCCUGGCCAAAGCUGAACGCAGUCACCUUAUUGUAUGGCAGAUUAUGGCCAAUGAGGAGUGACCUCCUUUUACUUUAUGUCUUCAAUACAUCCAAAAGAAGCUCACCCGCCUACAGACUCAUCAACUUUAUUUUUCUCUGUGCUGUGGACUUUUUCACUGUUUUGCUUUAUUUAAAAUAUUUUAAGCAUAUUUCAAGCUUAUAUUUGAGUUGUUUUUAUUAUAAAUGAAUCAUGGUUACUACAGACAUUUGCACAUCGUCUUUGGCAAUACAAGCAGGAUUGUUGUAUCCUCGUUCCCUCACGCAAACAAGAUCAUAUUCAUGAUGCAGGCUAAUUCUGUUUCCUUUCAUAAGAUAGCAAUUCACUACUUUACAUCUACAGUAUACUGUAGGAAUGGUUAUGUGUUCAGUGUUGUUUGUGGCAGAGGAAUGUAGCGAUUUCCCACAAAGCGAUUUCUGAAUCCGUAAAUCACUCCCACCAGAUCCAAAUGUGUAAAAAAUGUUAAAUGCUGAGCGUAGAUGCAAUACGUAAUGUCUGGUAGACUUUUAUAACCAUAUGAAUGUUAAACAGUUACCAAAGGAUGCAGUAAAAUGUAUUGAUGGCCCCUAUUACGUAUUCUAGAUUUAAUAGAUGUUCGCAUUUCAAUCUUUUUUUUGUUACCAUGUUUAACGGUUCAAAUCUGAUGAUGAAACAUCACUCUUUUGCUGUCUUUUUUAACACUAGAGCAGUUUUCGAAGGAUGGGUACUCCUUUGAUUUAGUGUGUAGAUAAACAUGCAGAGACAGAAAGCAUAUUUUUAUGACACUUUUGUACAUUUGUCUUUUAGACUCUAAUCUGUAAUCUUAGGCCUCUGGUAUAACAGUCAGUCAUCGUGCUGAUUCUGCACUGUUCUGCUUGCGUUUCAGCUAAGCUGCACUGAAGGGCGCUGCUUUGUUUGCAGUUAUUUCUUCUCUCCAGGAGAGCAGAGAUGACUUCGUAUCGCAAACUAGCCAUUUCAGUAUUUAUUUCUAUGAACGAGCCAGAAUGUAACUUUGUACAUUGAUUAUAAAUAUAUAUAUAUAUAUAUAAAAUAUGUUUAUGAAAUGUU